GCUCCAUGCGGCCACUCCCGGCGUUCGCGGCGGCCCGGCUCGCCGCCGUCCGCGCGGACCCCCGCGGCGUGCCGCUCCCGGUCUUCAACUCCCUCCUCUCCAACCUCGCCUCCUCCGACCCCUCCCACGCGCACCUCCCGCUCCACCUCUUCCGCCGCCUCCUCCUCCUCCUCCCCGCCCGCCGCCCGGACGCCUUCACACUCUCCUCCCUCGCCUCCUCCUUCCUCCCCCUCCACCCCUCCCGCCCCCGCUCCCACGCCGCCGCCUCCCUCCACGCCUUCUCCCUCCGGCUUGGCCUCCUGCACGCCGACCCCGUCCUCACCAACUCCAUCCUGCUCCUCUACCUCCGCUCGCCCAACCACCCCAUCACGCCGCUCCGCCUGUUCGACGAAAUGCCCUCCCGCACCGCCUCCACCUACAACACGCUCAUCUCCUACGCGCCCGCGGGCACCGACCUCCGGUCCCUGGCCCGCCGCAUGGUCGCGGACGGGCUCUGCCCGGACAGGUUCACGGUCUCGGCGCUCUUGUCCGCGUGCGCGUCCGAGCGCGACGGCAGGGAGCUGCAUUGCUUCGCCAUCAAGUGCGGGAUGUGCGGCGGUGACGGCGAUUUCCAUGUCAGCAGCGGGUUUGUCUCCAUGUACUGCCGGGUCUCCCGGCCAGGCCUUGCGCACCGGGUCUUCUACGGGAUGCGGCAGAGGAAUGUCGUUUCGUGGACCGCCAUGGUGGGAGGGUAUGCGGAGAAUGGCAUGUUUGAGGAUGCGGCGAAGGCUUUCCGGGCAAUGUGGGCGGUUGAUGGUAUUCUGCCGAAUAGGGUCGCGUUGAUCAGUGUGCUCUCGGCUGUUGAGGGCCUCAUGGGCUUAGCAGAGGGCAAGCAAGUGCAUGGUUUCGCUGUGAGGAUGGGUCUAUAUGGCGAGGUGUCCCUCAACAAUGCUUUGAUUGAUAUGUAUGCAAAGGCCGGAGCCUUGCGUUAUGCAAGGCGCGUUUUCGAUGAUGCUACUUGGCAGAAAGAUGUGAUCUCAUGGGGUUCGAUGGUAUUGGGUUAUGGCCUCCAUGGUAUGGGUACAGAAGCAGUUACCUUGUUUGAUCAUAUGCAUGCUUCUGGGGUUAAGCCAGACAGCAUAGUUGGUCUGGGGGUGCUUUCUGCGUGCUGCAGGGCAGGAUUGGUGUUGAAGGGACUUGAGAUAUACAACUCCCUGGUGAAGGAUCACAGAGUCCAUCCAACCGAGGAGAUGUCUGCUUGCGUGGUUGAUUUACUGGGGCGUUCCGGGUUGAUUGACCAUGCCUUGGACUUCAUAAAGUCAAUGAGUGUAGAGCCAGGCCCUGGUGUAUGGGGAGCACUUCUGGAUGCCUCUGUCAUUCACAGUAACAAAGAAACUCAAGAUUUGGCUUGCAGGUCUCUUCUUAGAUUGGAAGAAGAGAGCCCUUCAAACCUUGUCUCAGUAUCUAACCUACACGCCUCUUCUGGUAGGUGGAAUAUUGUUGAACAAGUGAGGGCAAAGAUUAAACACGGAACAUUGAAGAAAACACCUGGUCGCAGUUGGGUAAAUGCAGCAACAUAGUGACUAUCACUAUGCAUUGGAAUGAAUUGUUCAUAACUCUUUCAGUGGUUCAGAGCUCUACCAGCGCACACAAAUUGGCUAUGCUCUGGAAUCAUUGGCAUUGUACAUCAGCACUUCAACGCAAAUUGUACCAUUGACAGUUAAAAGAGCAGAGCUGCUGUACUUCCUCUAUGCUCAUAAAUGUACAUUCAGGCAGUGGUUAUUACAGCAAACAAAGUGCCUCUGCGACAACGGUGUGGUUGUUUGCAAAAACAACAACAAGGUGUGGUCGUUUGCAAUGUUCAGUCUUCCCUUUGUACUCUUACGCCAGGAUAAGUAACUGAGUUGCUAGAUGAAUGAUGAGUUGACAGCAGAACCAAGGAUGGUCCAAGGAACAUUCUAAGCAUAAGAAAUUCCAAGAACCUAACUUCCCAAGAGCACUAGACCAAGAGUCACUGUCCAGAAAAGCUCCUGAAAAUUUGGAGAGCAUAUAGCUUUAGAGAGAGACCAUUAAAUAAUUCUCAAGUGGUCUGUGUGACCAUGGACUGAAAUGAGCUUGUACUAGUACUCACUUUAUACGCAGCUGGAGCCAAAGCGAAAUCCUCUUUGACUUGAGUCUUGAGGUCCAUGUUUGUUAACAGAACAUGUAAUGUCUUGUGUUAUCGUCCAUUUAUAGUCAAGUGGUUCAGAGAUCCCAAGACAGGAGGGAGGAGGAACCAACCAUCUGUUCAUAGAGAGUAA